CCAGAGCGUCUGAUAUUCAAGAAGAAAAGUUUUAAUUCCUGAAAUUGUACUUAUGUUAGCCCUGUUCUUUUGGAUAUAUCAGAACUGAACGUCUGUGGUGAAGGUGUGAGUUAAAUGAAAUCGUGUCAGCCGAGGAGGCAGUUAUAGUGGGAGGUGCAUCAAGGACAAGAGUCGAAAGUAAGAUUGAAUAAGGAAAUAAAAGACAGACAAGACGUCCUCCUACUCACGCAUUGGUGUGUUAGUAAGUUCUGCUGGCUUUGUUUUGAUAAUUAAAAAAAGAAAACCUCGCUUGGUGGUGGAGAUGUCUAAAGCCUCCGUGUUGAAAAUAAGUCGCGAAAGUGCUGCUCUGGUGGAAAAAUACCGCCAGUCCUUGGAUCAUGAGGCACACAAUCUCUUCUCCAUCCAAAUUCCCACCAAGAUUGUCCAGCUGGAUGCUCUGCUCGGGGAUACAGACCUCAGUGUUACAGACAUGUCUUCACUAAAAGCUCCACUUGACAUCCCCAUACCUGACCCUCCGUCCCCUGAUGACGAGGACAUGGAGACGGACGAAGACAAGGAGAAGAAGAAGAAAAAGCCCAAAUGUGGCUUCAUCAAGGCGAAUGAGAAGAUUGUGGCACUUGCGGAGAGGUUGAAACCGGAGAUUGUCAGCCUGCGGGAGACCAUCAUUGCUGUCACCUGUUGGAUUCAGCACCUUAUCCCGAAAAUAGAAGAUGGCAACGACUUUGGCGUCGCCAUUCAGGAGAAAAUCUUGGAGCGGAUCGCAGCAAUGAAGACCAAAGUGGAGACUUUUCAGACGACCAUCAACAAGUACUUCUCUGAGAGGGGAGACGCCGUUGCCAAAGCAUCCAAAGACACUCAUGUGAUGGACUACCGCUCCCUCGUCCACGAGAAGGACGUGGCCAUCUACUCCGAAAUCAGAGUCAUUGUUCUGGACCUGCGUGGAUUUUACGUGGAACUCUACGAUAUGGUGAACAAGAACAUGGAGAAGGUGACCAACCCUAAAGGCGAGGAGAAGCCAUCCAUGUACUGAAACCGGUCCGGCUUGCUCCAUUCCUCAGCAGCUUGUAGUUCAGCCAAACCAGAUUCAAGCAGUGCAAAAACACAUCAAUAAAUGAAACUCUUUUGUCAA